UGCCUGGUUGACGAAAGCAGUAGCUCUGCCAGCGGUAUCAUUCGAGUGGAGUCGCCAUGCCAUUCGGUGGGCAAGUAUAUGUGCCGUGAUGGAACUUGUCGCGAUCGUAUUCUCUUCUGUAAUGGCAUAGCAGACUGCGCCGACUCCAGCGAUGAAGAGCCUCCUCACUGUUGUAAGUCUGCCCAACUUUUUUAUCCGCUCAUUCCUGCCGUUUGUCUACGCCAGUCCCUUCCAAAUCAAUCAGCCUCGGGCGACCUGUCAACUCAUGGGCCCUGA